AACAGUUGGCACGCAGACAAGGGGCCUCACUGCGCCCAAGUUGUGGCUCUCUGGCUGGCAGGCAAAAACAAAUCACUGGCCCUCUUCGAGUUCAACUUCAACGGCCGCCGCUUCGAUGGCAACGUGAGCGAGCUUCGGCGGCCCGCAGUCGAAGACUGAGGAAGAAGCCAUCAUGCCCAAGAAACGCGCGCCCAAGGGCCGAAAGCUGACGCUGAAGCAAGCCAAGGCGGCCGUGCACAGCACCCCCGACGGGAAGAAGCGCCUCAACCUCAGCAACGCGGGCCUCGCCAUCUUCCCCAAGUGCCUCCUCAAGCUGAGCGACGUCGACGAGCUGGACCUCAGCCGCAACGCGCUCCGCGUCCUCCCGCCCUCCAUCGGCAAGUUCGUGAACCUCCGCUCGCUCGACGUCCACAGCAACCGGCUCGAGAGCCUGCCCGAGUCGCUGGGCCAGCUGAGCGGCCUGCUGCACCUCAACGCUUGCAACAACCGGCUGGUUACGCACCGCCUCCCCGAGGGCCUCGCGCAGCUUCAGAAGCUGCGCACCCUCAACCUGGGCCUCAACGAGCUGGACAGCGUGCCGCGCUGGCUGGGCCAUCUCCGGGAGCUCACCGACCUGGGUCUCUUCGACAACGCCAUCGCGGGCCUGCCCGAGACCGUGGCCAAACUGCCCAAGCUCCAGAAGCUCAACGUGAAGCGGAACCCGCUUGCGCUGGCCCCGCCGGAGACAGGCGUCGUGCCGGGUGGGGGCGAGCCGUGCCCCGAGGAGGCGUCCCUGCUGCUGGUGCACGAGUCGGAGGUGUGCAAGCCUUGCCUGGCCUCGUGCCAGGAGGAGAGGGCACGUAGGGCCGGCCUGCUCAAGAACACCAACAAGGGGUCCAACCGCGGGGUGGGAAGGUUUUCCGGGCUCAUAACGCCCAACUCCGUGGCGAAAGAGACGCAAACUGCCUGGAGAUGAAGCGUUUAUCGGGUACGGCACCACCUCAGGGAUGUGGGCGACGUUGGAGACGGAGGUUUAGAGGGGGGUGUUUGUGCACGGGGUACUUUGGCAGCAGCAGCAGGACGCAGAAGUGUUACAGCAGAGCGAAGUUAACCUUGGCCCCGCAAAGCCACCUACUUCUCUAGAUUUAGCCGGUUAAUUAAAUAACUUACAUUUAACUCGGCGUUUGCCAAGAACACUUAAUUAACCAGAUUGGAUUGUUACACACAUUUUUACUUGAAAGUGAAAUGUUAUAAUUUCAAUACAUUUUAAGGGAAUGUACAUGCCAUAGAGUAAUAGUUUUACACUUAGGUGGGUAAAAUUAAUUUAAACUGCCCAAGCCAAUCAGAAAAAUAAAUCUGGACAGUGAUACCAAUAUUCUUGGUUCUUUCGGUAAAGUCAUCACGUAGAAGGGAAAUAAUAAUUUUUAUUUCAUUUUUUUUCCUACGUGACUUUACCGAAAGAACUAAGAGUAUGAAUCCUUGCAGUCACGAAAGCUUCAAAUCUAGAAACAAUAAAAAUUCUCACGACGUUGACUGCAACACAAGCAAUCGUCAUCAGGUGUGAUACCAAUGUUAACCGUCACUGACAAAAAUUAAACUCCGAUGAAGGAAAACCCCAACAACACCGAGCGCGUCAUGGUUCCACGCGAAUUGCGUUUCGCUCACCCAGCCUCCACACUUGCGUUGGGGUUCUGUCCGGAGACGCUCUCACUGCUGUCCGCGAGGGACGGUGCGAUCGUCAAAAACCUGCGCUCGUCCGGGCGACAAAGGGGACACCACUUUGAGAUCGCCUCGCCACCCCCCCAACUCCACAGUCAUCGCACACGAAAGACAAAGAUUCCCCCGUGGAGCCUUUAACAGACUUUUGUGGCUGUUAGAGAGCACCUAUGAAGGCCAGCACAGGCAUGCGAAGGGGGUGGGCGGCCAGCACCACGCCCGGCCGCCUUUGUCUUCCGAGUGCUGAUGUUUUACACACUGCAUCAGGUACUCGUUUGAGGCUGAGUCGACAGAGUGGAGGCCCGGGACCGGUUCAGAUAAUUGUCACUGGUGUUGGCCGUGAGCGAGAAUCGAACUCGGGUCGCCGGGUUCGUAGCGCAGCAACGCUAACCACCGUGCCACCGCUCCCCCAUCAUCACCCACACACACACACAAACACGGCACAUUCGUAGAAAAACUAAGUGAGAGCUCGUUAAUGUUCAUGGUUAAGUCUACACCCUGAUGAUCUUUAUCACUUUGUGCUUUGUUUGCAAAGGCUUUUAAGCUCGUGAUUUGGUGCUUAACACGCCAGAGGCCUUACCUUUGGUACACCUUGUUUCUCACCCCACGUGGGAACACCAGGAGGUAGUUCCUGCCGUCGUUUGAGAAUACUUCCACGGCCAUCGGCUAAACAAAAAUACCAAGAGGAGGAUCUCAGCGGCAUUGCGGUGUUACGUUUGACGAAUAAGCGCGCCACUUGAGUGAACUUUGUGUACAAACUCAUUUGCAAUUAAAUGUCUCUUCUUGGAAAGAA